ACCUGCUCACGGUAUAACUCUUCAUUGCGAGCACUAUCACAGCCUAAAAAACUCCUACAACUGAACGCUCGAAGAGUUUUCUCAAGUCGUGGACGGUGCCCGACUUCUCGGAGCACCACGAAACCGCUGUCUAGAUGAUGGCUUCCGUCUUCCUGAACACGCUCACGCCGAAGUUCUACGUUGCUCUCACGGGAACCUCGUCCCUGAUCUCCGGCCUGAUAUUGAUCUUCGAGUGGUGGUACUUCCGCAAGUAUGGGACGUCAUUCAUCGAGCAGGUGUCUCUGAACCACCUCUCUCCAUGGCUGGGGGGUGGUGCAGAGGAGGCCGAGGGGGAUCGGCCCCCCGACAGGGGCCCCUCCUCAAUGCCCACGCCUUCCUCGGCUGGCGAGUGCAAGGUGUGGCGCAACCCGCUGUCGCUGCUGCGAGGCGCCGAGUACUCGCGCUUCCUGACUGCUACUCGCCGUGAGCCACUAACAUUCUACGAUAUGAACCUCUCUGCACAAGACCAUCAGACGCUGUUCGCUUGCGAAGCAGAUGCGGGACACCCCGAUUGUGAAGUGAUGCAAAUGGCCUGGCGAGAGAGAGACCCCAAGACACGCAUCCAACAUGCUCAUACAGCACUUGAGAAGAAUCCGGAGUGUGUGACAGCCUACAUCUUGUUGGCUGAAGAAGAGGCACCAAGUGUGUUAGAGGCCGACAGACUCUUUCGGCAAGCUCUCAAGUAUGCUGAGGUGAACCAUCGCAAAAGCCAGCCAUUGCAGCACCAGGGAACCCUUCACGAAGCCAUUCACAGAAGGGACUGCAACGUGCUUGUCUACGUGCGCCGGAGAUUGGCCAUGUGUGCUCGAAAGCUGGGCAAGGUUCGUGAGGCUGUCAAGAUGAUGCGUGAUCUUAUGAAGGAGUUUCCCAGUAUGAACCUCUUCAACAUCCAUGAGAAUCUCAUCGAAGCUCUUCUGGAGCUCCAGGCCUAUGCAGAUGUUCAAGCUGUUCUUGCCAAAUAUGAUGACAUCAACCUUCCCAAGUCAGCGAGCAUCUGCUACACAGCAGCUUUGCUCAAAGCACGUGGUGUAGCUGACAAGUUCUCAACGGAGGCUGCUGCACGUCGAGGUUUGACAGGUCCCGAGCUGAAUGCAGUAGAGGCUGUGCAUCGAGCCGUUGAGUUCAACCCGCAUGUGCCCAAGUACCUGUUGGAAGCCAAAAGUCUCAUCUUGCCACCCGAGCAUCUUCUCAAGCGUGGCGACUCUGAAGCACUUGCGUAUGCGUUUUUUCACUUGCGCCACUGGAAGCGGGUUGAGGGGGCUCUCAACUUACUGCACUGGUCCUGGGAGGGGACAUUCCGGAUGCUGCCGUACCCUCUGGAGCGAGGACAGCUCUUCUAUCCAUACCCGGGCUGCACAGAGGCAACAGACCGUGAGCUCUUGCCACCCUUUCACGAACUCUCUGUGUAUCCGAAGAAGGAGCUGCCAUUCUUCAUCCUCUUCACAGCAGGACUGUGCUCCCUGACAGCCCUGCUGGCCCUGCUGACACACCAGUAUCCAGAGCCCGUGGGUCUGGCAGCACGCACACUUCUGGCGUGGCUUGCUUUGCCUCUGGGCUACGUGUUGGACAAGCUGGAAGCACUCCUGCCCUCCAGCUUGCUUCAGCAGCUGUCACGGAUCUGACUACCUACAAUCGUCAUGCCACAUACCUCAUCUCACCGCCCAUUUGUGCUCAUAGCAGCCAUGGGAGACCCCACCCCAUUACAUGUAUGCAUGUGUGUGCACAGCCGAGUGGAUGCUUCUCAUUCUCUGUGGGUUUUCUCGAGGCUGUAACUAAUCCAUAAAGAAAUGCCUAGUCAACUAAA